AGGUUCUUCUGCAUCUAAUUGCGACCUUUUGUCUAAUAAGAAUCUCCUCCCCGAAUUUUCCAGAAAUGGGACAAGGCAUACCCGUUGGAAUGGGAGUUUAGGUUUAUCGUGGCUUUGCGUACUUUCAUCUUCAGCUUGUUAGUAGCAUGUUGUUACAGUGUAGUAAACACUGUUAAUUGGAUGAUGGUACUCUGAUGGGAUUUCUGUGUGGUUGGUAGUUACCCCAGUUUAGUAUGCGGGGUGCAUGGCGAGGUGGUUUGGACUUCCCAUUCGCCUAAUGGCGCAAAACUGAUCAUUUCUAAUUAUUAGUCAGUUUGCACAAUGCGUUUCAUAUCAUCAAACAGUUGGACAAAGAAGGCAUCACCUACAUUUUUCUGCAGUUUUAUUUCGAAGCAGGUAUACAAAUAUUCUAUCGGGUAAAGUCAUGUUCAAAGGCUGGUGGAUUUGCUGGAUAGGACGAUGACGUAAGAAGCACAACACUAGCGUGAUCUCAGCAUCUCUGACGUGGGUGUGGGAUGAGCGUACGACAAAGCUGCAGCCGAGUGGGCUUUUGGAGUAACCUUGACUAUUUGUCUGGAGUAAGAAAAUGGUCUCCAAGCUGGCACACUCGUUGCCCUGAAAGCACACUGUGCUCUUUACAGGCUGCGCCUCAUAGCAAGCACAUUGUCUCAAUCUGUGUACCAGCGAGCUUGAUUCACAAUGGUGCUUUUGUGCUCCAAGGAAGUCCAGGUGUUAGCGGUGCACACCAUUCCUACACCUUUGUUUAAAGAAGAAGAAGAACAGAAAAAACAGUGGAUACUGCUUCCGGCCAGGGCAUUGGUGCAGCCAGUAGGCCUCCUGCCAAAGCUUGACCGCCAACUCCUGCUCUACGAACCCAAAAGGGGAGAAGAAGGGAGCGAGAGAGAGAAAGAAACGCAUCUAGAGCAGUGGCCAUGGCAGAACCCGGCCUGUCUUCUCCCACAGACCCAGCCCUGCGGUCGCCACGACACCACCACGCGCCCCACUCGCUGACCUUGGCCGCCCUGCGGGAGGGCACCCGCAUGUGGGAGAGGUCGCCGCCAAUGCCCGGAGAGCUGCCCAGUCCUCUGCCCACCAAACGCACCCGCACCUACUCUGCCACGGUGCGGGCCAGGUCAGGGCCGGUCUUCAAGGGUGUGUGUAAAAACUUCUCCAGGUCGCAGGGACACGGUUACAUCCGGCCCUCUCACGGCGGGGAGGACAUAUUUGUCCACAUCUCAGAUAUCGAGGGAGAGUACGUGCCGGUGGAGGGGGAUGAAGUUACCUACCGGGUGUGUCCUAUUCCACCCAAGUGCGUGAAGAUCCAGGCCGUGGAUGUGGUCCUCACUCACCUGAACCCAGGAAGCAAGCACGAGACCUGGUCAGGACAGAUCAUCAGCUCCUAGGCCUUCUCUCUGGUUCUCCAAGAUGAGUAGGAAGGACAGGAAGGGGGGUGGUGGUAUGGGAUGACUG